GGGCUCGGCCUGUUUAUUUCCUGUCAGUGUCAGUCCUGAAAACAACAGGAACCGAAACUCCAAUCGCAGUCUCGAACCGGUACCGCCCGGAGAGUCCGCCAUGAAGUUCGUGUAUAAAGAGGAACAUCCCUUCGAGAAGCGCCGCUCCGAGGGGGAGAAAAUCCGCAAGAAAUACCCCGACCGAGUCCCGGUUAUUGUGGAAAAGGCGCCCAAAGCGCGAAUAGGAGAUCUGGACAAGAAGAAAUACCUGGUUCCCUCUGACCUCACAGUGGGGCAGUUUUACUUCCUCAUUAGAAAGAGAAUUCACCUUCGUGCUGAGGACGCUCUCUUCUUCUUUGUCAAUAAUGUGAUACCCCCAACCAGCGCCACCAUGGGGCAAUUGUACCAAGAACACCACGAGGAGGAUUUCUUCCUGUACAUUGCCUACAGUGAUGAGAGUGUGUAUGGGCUGUGAGCCCCCCGUACCCCCCGUACCCCCGUGCCCCCCGCUUCAUCCCCUGUACCCCCUCCUGUCUGUAUGCCUCAGUGUGCCCGCCGGGGUGGGGCAGGAUUAUCUACCCCUCCUGGGGCAAUUUCAUAACAAAUAAGCGGAGAACAGAAUAAGUCCAACACAGAGGCGGAAAAGAUCCAGUACUACCCCCGGGGCAUUAGCCCCUUUCUUUUCUAUUGGACCCCAUUGCCAGAUGGGUGGAGCCGCGUGUGGCCCCUGGGGGCCCAAUCAUCAAUAUCAUUUAAUUUCUAUGUUGUGUGCACUUUGGAAGGAAAUAAAGUAUCUGUCUCA